CCAUUUCUCUACUUCACCAAAUAAAUUUAUUUUUUUUUCAUCUCAUUUUCAAACAGUUUUUCGUAAUGAAAAUGUUGCAACUAACCCCCAAUGCACAUUUAUUAUUACCAACGAGUCCAGAUUAUGACCCACCCCGUGAAAUAAACACAGCGGCUAGGAAGAAAAAUCAACGUGUACUAUCAAAACGAAGCCACUUCAUUAUGAUCAUCAUCAUGUUACAACUUAUAUCAACCUCAACCAAUUUAGGGGCGGCCAAUCAGGUGGGGAUACCAAAAUGAUCAAUUUAUGAAAUUCACAAGUUGGGUUAUAGCUUUCUUCUCUCAUUCAAGUUGUAGUAGAGUUUAGCCUUCUGAAAAUUUUGUUUUGGUAAAAAAGAAAAAAAAAAGAAUUUUUUCCUUUUCCAAAAUGAAGAAGAUGCUUUUGAUUCUAUUUGUUGGUUUUCUGGAGAGCAUUUCAGCAAGUGCCGAUCCACUGGGAUAUGACUCCAUUUUCUGUUUCGGUGACUCCCUCUCCGACACCGGAAACUUUCUCCGUACCGGAGCCAUUGCAUUCCCGGUCAUUGGUAAACUACCAUACGGUGAAACAUUCUUCCGCCAUGCCACUGGCCGGUGCUCCGACGGCCGCCUCGUGGUCGACUUUUUUGCUGAGGCGUAUGGAUUGCCUUACGUACAACCCUAUCUAGCGGUAGCAAAAGAAGGAAAAUUCGAACAUGGAGUAAAUUUUGCGGUAGCGGGAGCUACUGCUUUAGAUUCAAAAUUCUUCUACGACCAACAGAUUGGAGCAAUUUUGUGGACAAAUAAUUCAUUAAGUAUUCAGCUUGGCUGGUUCAAGAAGGUGAAAUCCACACUUUGCACCACCCACCAAGAUUGCGCAAACUAUUUUAAAAAGUCUCUGUUUUUGGUGGGAGAAAUCGGAGGAAAUGAUUAUAAUUACCCAUUUUUUGUUGGUGGGACAAUCAAACAAGUUAAAGCCAUGGUCCCUCUAGUAGUUGGAGCUGUUGCCAGCACCAUACAGGAUUUGAUAGGGGAAGGAGCAGUGGAAUUGGUGGUGCCAGGAAAUUAUCCACUGGGAUGUUCAGCAGUUUAUCUGACCUUGUUUCAAACUCCAGAUAAAAAUGCGUAUGAUGAACAUGGGUGUUUGAAAGCUUAUAAUGCUUUCGCCAAAUUUCACAAUUCCCAGCUGAAGCUUGCAAUAGAGGAACUAAGGCAAAAGUACCCGGAAACCAAAAUUAUUUAUGCUGAUAAUUAUGGCGCUGCCAAGAAAAUCUUGCAUACCCCCAAGCAUUAUGGAAUUGAGGAACGGCUAGUGGCUUGUUGUGGAGGAGGAGGACCAUUUAAUUUUAACAAUUCAGCAAGAUGUGGACACAUCGGGUCAACAGCAUGCCCGGAUCCAUCAAGGCAUGCAAAUUGGGAUGGCAUCCAUCUCACUGAAGCAGCUUAUCGCCACAUUGCUAUGGGGUUGAUCAAUGGCCCUUUCACUUUCCCGAGCCUCACUCACUCUCCUACGCAUGAUUUCUGAUCUUUAUUUAUUUUUAUUUUCUGGGAAAAUUUAAUAGCUCUUCUUCUUUUCCCUUCUUUUUUUUUUUGUUUUCAAUUGAUGAGUGAUCACGUAUCUAUGUUCAUUUGAGUAAUUUUGUUUGCCACUUAAUUAUUACUUGUGAUUGACUUGUAAGAGAUGCAGCAUUUCCUCUUCAUAAGUACUCUCUUUUCUUCUUCUUUUUUCAUAUUCGGAAUCUCUAAAAUGCAAUAAUUUUGAGAUGUUUGACCAACAACGGUUUUAUUUUUUAAAAAAAUAAAAAAUUAACAAGAU